UCUCUCUCUCUCUUUUCCCCACAGAAGCAGUUUAUAGUUUGAUUUUAGAGAGAAAGAGAGGCUCACUUUAUUUGUUCGUCCAGAGAGAGAGAGGUGGGGAAUAUUAAGUGAGAGAAUUUCUCAUUGUUUCCGUUCUAGAGAGAGAGGAAUUGAAUCAGCGCGAGAUGGUGACCAUCGAACCAGCUAGCGGCCAUGGAGACGAGAAGCAAAAGAAAAACUUUCAGGAGAAUGGUAGCAGGGUCGAAGAGGCCCCUUCAUCAUCUCUCUCAGAGGAGAAUCAUCAAACCAGAGAAGGUGAAGGGUUCGAGACUGCAAGCGAAGGAGAAGAAGGCGAUGAAAACGCUCAUUCCUAUGAGGAUGCAUUGACAGAUGAACAGCAAAUACAGCAGAGAGCGAUAGCUCAAGCUAACGAUUCAAAAAGUGAGGGCAAUAAACUGUUUGGCGGUGGAAAUUAUGACGAGGCAUUGACACAAUAUGCGCUUGCUUUGGAACUUUGCCCAGAUUCGCCUUUAUCAUCCGAGAUUCGUUCCAUGUGUCAUGCUAACCGAGCUGUCUGCUUUUCAAAAUUGGGAAGAGAUACAGAGACAGUAAAAGAAUGCACGGAAGCAUUGAAGCUGAAUCCUACUUAUGUGAAAGCUUUGCUCAGGAGAGCAGAGGCCAAUGAAAAACUUGAGAACUUUGAAGAGGCUAUUGCAGAUAGGAAGAGGAUCUUGGAGCUUGAUCCUGCCAAUGAGCAAUCUAGAAGAGCCAUAGGACGCUUAGAGCCACUGGCUGCAGAAAAGAGAGAAAAGAUGAAGGAAGAGAUGAUUGGUAAAUUGAAAGACCUUGGAAAUUCGAUAUUGGGCCGUUUCGGCAUGAGCGUGGACAAUUUCAAAGCUGUUAAAGAUCCAAACACUGGAUCGUACUCCAUCAACUUCCAGCGUUAGAACCCGAUGUUGUAAAUCCCUCUUUCCCCUUGUUAUUACUUGACCCAUAAAACAAAUGAAUAUGUCUCAGUUGAAGGCAAUGAAAGCGAUGAAGAAGAUUUUGUGUUUUAACAUCAAGAAGACAAUCCAUUCUGGAUGAUGGAGGCAACAUGAUAUGAUCCAUUAUGUUUUUGGAGCUUGAAUGUACUAUUUUCGUCUUUAUAUUUAUUUUGAAGAACAUCGAUUGUUAAAAUUCUGGCACAAAUGUGCAUCUUGAGUGUUGCCUUUCUAAUUAUGGAGCAAUUAGUAAUUAUAAAUUCAGUUGGGCUGUAUAAUGUGGAUGAAUCGCGGGCCCAACUUUCUUAA